UGCUAUAUGGUAUACGAAAAUUACCAUCACUUGAAAUAUACAAGAUUUACAGUAUACUUCAAUUUAUUCUCUUGCUCUCCCUCUCUCUCUUUUCAGAGUUUAAAUCUGCCCAGUUUCCAAUCAUCAGUACUUUAUCAAAGCAGUUAUUAAACCACUCCUUUUACUUGCUACCAAAGUGUGAUUCCACUCAUUCCCUUCCAUUGCUACGUCUGAUAUUGAGUUUGUGUGUUCCUGGAGGCAAUGAUGGAGUCUUGUGUGUUGAUGAUGUUAUUUUAUUAAAGAAUAUCAUAUGUGACUGCCAUGAUUACUUGAAGAAAUUGAUAAUUAGUAAAGGUGAAACUCCUGUUGCUGUAUCAGAAGUUAAAGAGGAGACCCCACCCACUGAUAGGGGGAGUGGUCAUCUUGAUAUCCAGAGGUUACUCUCUCAGUUGAAAUCAGGUCACAGGAAGCCUCCCCUUCCUCUUCAUUUUGAUGGACCCAAACCAACUGCCUCACCAAGAGAAGAGUUUCAGUCAGGUUGUGUCCAGCACAUGAAGGAGUUAAGAGGAGGGACCAGUUUAAUUGAUUAUUGUUUGAAUAUGUCUACCUUACUUGAACUGAGAGAGAAGAGAAGAGAAUAUUUAAUGGGAGGCAGCAAAACAGAGCAACAAGAAAGGUAG